AAUCUUGGUCUAUAACUUCUUAGAUGACUAAAGUAAGAAGGGUUCUGUAAUGGUAUUAACGCGCUUCCACUACUAUAAAACAAAUAUUAAAGCUUCGGCUACUUUGAAUGCUUUUGUGUCUGUACCCAGAUCAUCUCUUCCAAUUCCUUCCAUGGAUUUCGCCUCUUCAACUUCCGAACUCCCAAAGACGUACGAUGUGCUCAUCCACUUCACCGGAGAAGACAUCCGCAGAAAAUUUGUUUCCCAUCUCGAUUCUGCCCUCUCUGCUGUUGGGUUCUCCACUUUCCUUCUUCACCAGAAUGCAGUGAACCCAAUGCACAUCGAAGAACAUAAUCUGAAUCUGUGCAGAGUAGCAAUUGUUGUUUUCACCGAAACCUAUUCUGAAUCUGCUUGGUGUCUUCAUCAACUUCAACAAAUCAUUCAAUGGCACCAAACUUAUUGCCGACCUGUUCUGCCCGUGUAUUACGAAAGUCAGCCAUCUGAUGUGCGCCUUCAGAACGGUGAUUUUGGAAAAGCCUUCGAAGCAACUGCACACCAAACAUUCUCGGAACAACAACUGGAGCAUGGCAUGUCCAGGUGGAGCCACGCACUUACCAAAGCUGCACAUUUCUAUGGAUGGGAUGAGAGCAAUUACAGGAGUGAUGCUGAACUAGUGGACACAAUUGUUAAGGGCGUUCUUAAUUUACCACUCUUGUCUGCUACUGAAUUUCCAGUUGGAUUACAAUCCUACGUGGAAGAUGUGAUUCGCACUAUCGAAAAUAAAUCCACCGGAGUUUGUAUGAUAGGGAUAUAUGGAAUGGAAGGAUCUGGUAAAACCACCGUAGCCAAAGCCGUUUACAAUCAAAUUCAUGAUAGAUUCGUGGAGAAAAGUUUCAUUGAAGAUAAUGCAGAAGUUAGUCGAACAAAAGGUCAUGUUUAUUUACCGGAAAAACUUCUUUCAGAUCUCCUGAAAACAAAGGUGGAGAUACAUAGCGUUGAGAUGGGAAGAAGUAUGAUUUGGGGAAGACUUUAUGGUAAGAGGGUACUCAUUGUACUUGACAAUGUGAAUGAGUAUGAGUAUGGUGCAUUAUCCGACCUAUGGGAAUGUCGUGGAUGGUCAGGCAAAGGAAGUGUUAUAAUAAUUACAUCAACACAUGAAAGCGUAUUAAGGACACGUCAAGUUGAUGCUGUUUUUAGGAUAAAUCCAAUGAACGCGAACGAGUCCCUCGAGCUUCUUAGUUGGCACGCAUUUAAAGAAGCAAAACCCAAAGAAGAAUACUGUGACCUUGCCAAAGCAUUAGUUACUCAUUGUGAAGGACUACCUCUAGCCCUUGAAGUCAUUGGAAGUUAUUUAUAUGAAAGGACGAAAAAAGAAUGGCAUGGAGUAUUGUCCAAAUUAGUGAGAAUUCCUCAGCUUGCAGUUCUACAGAAAUUGAAAAUAAGCUUCAACGGUUUACAUAAUCAAAUGGAAAAAGAUUUAUUUCUUGAUAUAUGUUGUUUCUUUGUUGGUAAAGGCAGAGCUUAUGUAACGAAGAUCCUAAAUGGCGGUGGAAUAGACGCUGAUUGUGGAAUAAGAGUUCUCAUAGAACGUAGCCUCAUAAAAGUAAAAAAGAACAAUAAAUUUGGAAUGCAUCCUUUACUAGGAGAUAUGGGAAGAGAAAUUAUUCGUGAAAUUUCAAAAAAGGAACCUGAAAACAGUAGGCGGUGGUUUGAUGAGGGUAUGAAACAUGCAAUGCCAAAAACUACUGUAAGAACAUUCUUAAUCUACGGUUUUGAAACAUCUUUUUGGAAGGGUUUGCUUUCUCAGGUAAGAGACACAUCAAGAAUGCUGAAACUCGCUCGACAUUCUGAGUACCUCUCUAAGAAAUUAAGAUGUAUCAGUUUGCAAGGGUUUUCUUCAGAAUACCUACCUAACGACUUUUAUCUGCAUGAAGCAAUAGUGAUUGAUUUUAAAACACAGUCUUCUUCGACUUAUCUGGAAAGAACCCCAGGUAUUUGCCAGCAGUGAGUCAUGUUAUGCUUCUCUCCCGGGUGACAAUGAUCCUUAUUGGUUGGCCCACAUGGGUGACGAACAUUCUGUUUCUUUUAUUGUGCCUCAGAAUCGUGUCCUGAAGGGAAUGGCUUUAUGUGUCGUUUAUUUAUCAAUCCCUGAAAUUGUGGCUACUGAAUUUCUUAGAAGUGUGUUAAUUGUUAAUUAUACAAAGUGCACAUUGCAUAUACACAACCAUGGCACGUUAAUUUUCUUUAACGAUAUAGAUUGGCAUGGUAUAAUACCAAAUUUAGGAUCAGGAGACAAGGUGGAGAUUUUCUUGAUGUUUGGUCAUGGAUUGAUAGUCAAGAAAACAGUUGUGUAUCUGAUAUUUGGUGAAUCAAGUGACUUAGAAAAGGAGCUCGUGCCAAAGAAUAAUUCCUUCAUUAGAAUUAUAAAAAACUUGUAAUGACUUCUGGUAAGUCAUUUAUCCUCUUUGAGAA